GACAAUCGCAGAUAUAUUUAGUUGUUUAAUUUAAGCCAGUUGCAACGUUUCUUUAACAUAUCGAUUUCACAACAUUUUUCAUUACAACAAAAAUGAAAAAAAUUUUCGAAUUAUUGAUAAUUUUCGGCAGUGUUUUGUGCUCGAGUGUGCAGCUGGAAAGUUCCGGUUUCUUCUCAUUUUCUCCGCACAGGAAACUCGGUAAACUCAGGAUAAUCGGUGGUGAGGCGGUUGAACCACCCAAUAAGUACCCUUUCCAAGCAGCUCUUUACAUUUAUUAUGGGGAUUUGGUUGCUUUAUGUGGAGGUAGUUUGAUAAACGAAAAAUGGGUGCUGACUGCGGCUCAUUGCAUCGAAAAAAACCCUUCGAAGGUAGAAGUACUUUUAGGGGCUUAUAAUCAAUCCCAAGAUCACGAAAACAGUCGUCAAAUAUUCCUAUCACAGGCUUUAUUUAUUCACAAAGAUUGGGACAAGAGGACACUUCAAAACGAUAUUGGUUUAAUAAAAUUGCCAGAUAGUGCCAGCUUUAAUAAAAAUGUCGGGCUAAUACAAGUAGCUUCAGGUACGAGUAAGUAUGAUGGCCAAACUGGCACGAUACUGGGAUGGGGCAUAACCGAAUCCGGUAGAGAAUCUGAUGUACUGAUGCAAGUUAACGUGAGAAUUAUGUCGAAUGCGGAAUGCCGACACUCAGAUCCAGCGUAUUCUUCUGUUAUUAAAAGCAGCCAUCUUUGUACUGAUGGUACAGAUAUAAAGAGUAGCUGCUCAGGCGAUUCCGGAGGUCCUUUGAUUGUCGGAAAUACCUUAGUUGGGUUGGUUUCAUUCGGACCGAGCAAUUGUUUGCUUGGAUAUCCAUCCGUUUUUACCAGACUAACAAGUUUUUACCCUUGGAUAAAUGAAACAAUGCAAGUUAACAGCAGCCAGCACAUUUCUGCUAGCAUUGCUAUUAUAGGGCUUUGGCUGGUAUCUUUAUUUUUAUUUUAACGUUGUUUUUACAUUUUUGAACUUAUCUAAUCAUGUUUGUUGAUAAUUUAAAAUUGACGAUUUGUAAUAUUAUAAAAUUUAAGUUAUAAAUUAAAUUGUAUAUAUUGUACAAGUUGAUUCACUUUCUGGGUGCGACAACUUCCAUUAGACCAUAAACCAAACAAUAGAUUUGGUCUAAGCAUUAGACGAUUAUAAAAGAAAAAAUAGAGUGAUAUUGUGUGUCAUUCCGACUUUUCACUCUGACAACUGUC